GGGAAGUAGUGGGAUAGAGAAGGGGUUAGUGAGUGUUUAUAUUUCUCCCUCGAAAAAACAACAUCACAUUUGAGAGUUAGGGUUUUGAAAGUGGAUGGGGAAAGAAGACGAAGAAAUGAGAGGCGAAAUAGAAGAACGAAUAAUCAACGAAGAAUACAAAAUCUGGAAGAAAAACAGUCCCUUCCUCUACGAUCUCGUCAUCACUCACGCUCUCGAAUGGCCAUCUCUCACCGUCGAAUGGCUUCCAGAUCGCACUGAACCCUCCGGCAAAGACUACUCCGUCCAAAAACUCAUCCUCGGGACCCACACUUCCGAAAAUGAACCCAAUUAUCUCAUGCUCGCUCAAGUUCAACUCCCUCUCGACGACUCCGAAAACGACGCCCGUCAUUACGAUGACGAUCGUCCUGAAGUUGGAGGGUUUGGUUGUGCCAAUGGGAAGGUUCAGAUAAUUCAACAGAUUAAUCAUGAUGGUGAGGUUAAUAGAGCGAGGUAUAUGCCUCAGAAUAGUUUUGUGAUUGCUACUAAGACGGUUAGUGCUGAGGUUUAUGUUUUUGAUUAUAGUAAACAUCCUUCUAAGCCUCCAAUUGAUGGAAGUUGUAACCCUGAUUUGAGGUUAAGAGGUCAUAAUACUGAAGGGUAUGGUUUGUCUUGGAGUAAGUUUAAACAAGGACAUUUGCUUAGUGGUUCUGAUGAUGCUCAGAUUUGUUUGUGGGAUAUUAAUGGUACUCCUAAGAAUAAGUCUCUUGAUGCUCAUCAGAUUUUUAAGGUUCAUGAAGGUGUUGUGGAAGACGUGGCUUGGCAUUUGAGGCAUGAGUAUUUGUUUGGUUCUGUUGGGGAUGAUCAGUAUUUGCUUGUAUGGGAUCUAAGGACACCGUCUGUUACUAAGCCUGUUCAGUCUUGCAUUGCUCAUUCUAGCGAGGUUAACUGCUUGGCUUUCAAUCCCUUCAAUGAAUGGAUAGUUGCUACUGGUUCUACUGACAAAACAGUGAAACUGUGGGAUCUGCGCAAGAUCGGCAAUGUUCUUCACACCUUUGAUUGCCAUAAGGAGGAGGUUUUCCAGGUUGGCUGGAAUCCAAAGAAUGAGACUGUCUUGGCUUCUUGUUGUCUUGGUAGGAGACUGAUGGUGUGGGAUCUUAGCAGGAUCGAUGAAGAGCAGUCACCCGAGGAUGCUGAAGAUGGUCCACCAGAACUGCUUUUUAUUCAUGGUGGUCAUACAAGCAAAAUAUCUGACUUCUCAUGGAACCCAUGUGAAGAUUGGGUUGUUGCUAGUGUGGCUGAAGACAACAUACUUCAAAUAUGGCAGAUGGCAGAGAACAUUUACCAUGACGAAGAUGAUAUGCCAGAACAGUCAGCACAGGCCCCUUAAUGUAAUUGAACUCAGUUUAGUGUGAAAUAUAGGUUGAGUGUUUGGGUCUAAGGUGCUAUUCCAUCUGUAUUCGUGCUGUUACUCCUUUCUACACAAUUGUAGCUGUAUUUCAAUAUGGUAUGAGGUAUGAUCGAUUUGUUAGUGACUGAACAUAAUUCUGAAAAAUUGGCUGGAUGACUUGUUUUGUUAUGCGUUGAGUCAUUAGGCUUAUGUAGUGUUGUAUAAUUUUCUUGAUGUCAAAGUUCUCAGGUCCCUUUUAACCGAGGUGGCUGAUUCUGCAA